GCUUGAGCCGAAAGGUUGUGAGUCGAGCGCAUAAUUGUCGCGAAUAGAAGUAAUUAUCGUUAAAGUUAAGUGAUUUUUUGUUUUGACAUUAAGGAGUGUCGUUGUUGUGAGUGUUAAGGGUUUCUUAACUUAAAAGCAUGUCUCACUCCCUUAACAGCACGAAAGACGUCGUUCAAGGCGUUUACGACUAUUACUUAUGGACAUUGUCUCUCUCAGACAACCGAACUAAAGGAUGGUUUUUGGUCGACUCUCCUGCGCCUGUUCUUGCGUUGAUCUACCUUUACUUGUUGAUUGUCUAUUUAGGACCUAAAAUCAUGAAAGAUCGAAAACCUUUCAAACUCAACGCAAUUCUCGUGCCUUACAACAUCGCCAUGGCUUUAUUGAACUUAUGGAUCUGCAUUCGACUUUUUAUCGCUUCCUUUCAUUUGAAGUACAGCUACAUUUGUGAACCUUGUCGUUUGAGUUAUCAUCCGUACGAGCUUCAGGUCGUCGACGCCGUUUGGUGGUUCUAUUUUUCCAAACUUCUCGAAUUUUGUGACACAUUUUUCUUCAUUUUACGCAAGAAAAGUGACCAAUUGAGCUUUUUGCACUUUUAUCAUCACUCGACGAUGUUCUUCUUUUGGUGGAUCGGCAUUAAAUGGGUGCCUGCGGGUUCAACAUUUUUACCGGCAAUGGGCAACUCGUUGAUUCACGUUCUGAUGUACACGUACUACGGUUUAUCUGUUCUCGGGCCAAAGGUUGCAAAGUUUUUAUGGUGGAAGAAAUAUUUGACGAUCAUUCAAAUGAUUCAAUUCGCUACUGGAUUAGCUCUCGGAAUUAAUGGAAUUUUUAUUGGAUGUGAGUUUCCGCUGUGGAUGCAUUAUACUCUCAUUUUGUACAUGAUAUCGUUUAUUGUGCUUUUUGGCAAAUUUUAUACAACUGCCUACAUCCAAAAGUACAAGGAUUACCGUGAAACGCAAAAAACUGCCAAAAAUGAUUAA